AACUGUGGGCCAGAACACUGAAUCAACAACACUGUGUUUUCACGUGACCAUCACCAAGAAGAAAGUAAAAGAACUCAUGCUAUAAUACAAUGAGACCAAUGGUGUCAAUUUUGCUCCAAGGCAAUGCAAAGCAGAAAGAUGCUGUUAACGGGGCGGCCGAGAGAUCUUGCAAGGUGCAAGUAGCCCCGCCAACAUUGCAUGCUUGCUUUUGUCUCCAAGUCAACACCACUUUCUCCUCAGUCGAGCAUAUCCUGCUAGACCUUAUGGUCAACGCUAUAAUCCUGCUUUAUAUUCGGCUUCUAAUCUUCUACCAUGCCGACUAAUUCUCUCCGAUCCACUUUCAACAAUGUCCGGGUUGGGGAAGAAGACGAGUUCCUUUGCGCAUGCGGCUUUCAAAUGAAAGACUUCCUCGUUCAGAAGAAAACAAGUCCCUAUUACGGAACCUGGUUCUAUGCUUGCGCGAAAUGGUCCCAAGAUCCCACCCGCUGCCGGACAAAGAUAUGGUUCGACGAGAAAGAAAGUGUGCGAAGUCUCAUACCAUCAGCAAUGAAAUCCCCGAGAACGCCACGUAAACAGGUCGAUAUCCGGAUAUUUGGGCAGUACACCCCUCCCACCACAUCGAAGCGAAAGGCGAACAUGCAGUCGUUUGAUAGUGGUGUUGGCGAAUUGGCGGACAACGAACCGGAUUCACCAUCCAUUUCGAGGUCUACAAAGAAGCCGAGGCAUGGGUAUGCCGACGCGGCGACUCAGACUCCCAAUACCAAUCUUCCAGCUCCAGAUGUCCGCUCUGCUGCGAGAGCCAUGCCUAGGAGACGACUAUUUGACGAUGUUUUAUCACCUCAAAAGAGCAAACCUGCUACAACAUUUGAUCCAUUUACACCACACACCCUCGGUAGCAGCAGAAGCAGCUUCAGGUCUUCUAUAGCAUCGCCUGUUCGACAGUUACAACGUAAUUCACCUUCUCCAACUUACCCAAUCACGCCUCCCGGUAAAAAGCCGCCGGCAGCAGAACCGACAACCAACAAGUAUCAACAUAUGAAUCCUCCACUUCCAGACAACCCCGAAACACCCUCGGCCUUGAAGGGUGGUAGAGCCAGCCUAUUCGCCGGUCGAAGUGAAGAGCACGCUCGAGUGUCUAGUCCUUCGCCAGACACCGAUGGGCCCAGAAUAUUGACAAAAAGCGACGACAAAUCUAAACACCAAUCCACAGAUAGCGACAAUGAUACGUACGGCUGGACUGAUGAUCUUGAACAAAACCUCCUUGAGGUCAUGGAUAACAUUGAGAAUCCACCAUUCAGUCCAUUGUUUGUCUGACUCCGAUGCUCAUCACUUUCUAGGGUUUACCUUGCUACUCACUUGAUACGAAGCCAACGAUAUACGUUUGUACAUGGAUACCUACUUUGUUCCUCUGCACUAGAGCACAUUCAAUAAAUGUCUUUCCUUUACACAUAUCAGAAGACAUACCUGAUGUUAUUGGAUAUCUUGAUCCGUCUAAUAGCGCGGGUAAAAGACCCCGCUCAGACAGACGCCGUGACAAGAUGGGGGCGACAGGCGCAUAAUCUAAAUCAACGAUAUAAUU